GAGGCAGAGUCGUCCACAUGCAAUUGCCGUUUGCCGACGCAAGCAUCACAGUCCCAUCAGAUAUAAAAGUAAUGGCCAUGGAGAAGACCCUUUCCUCGCAAGAUUCAACAAACAGAAGAAGAGCGAGGAGACGGCCAACUGUGGACUCGUCCGAGGAGAAGAUGCUACUCACCGUCGUGGUGGUUCUGCUGCUGACCGAGUGCGUGGCUGCGAGCGAUGGCGAUGGAGUUGCGGUGACACGACCGGAACGGGAGCUGGAUAUGAUGUGUCCCUGCUAUCCGUGCGGGCAACCAUGCAGCAUUCCGAGCCCCCCGCCGCCGCCACCGCCUCCGCCACCGGCCUGCCCGCCGCCGCCGCUGCCACCAUCGCCGCCAUGCUACUCAUGUAACCAGCCGCCAACGCCACCGUGCUACUCGUGUUACACGCCGGGGAACGUGUACCCGGUGGAUCCAGAAUACCUUCUUUCGGGGGCUUGGCGGACUCAUCACGGAUGGUGGACGGGGAUGAUAUCCUGUGGAUUACUAGCGAUGUUGUUUUAGAGCGACGAUGAUACGUAUGUAUCAUCCAUCGCAGAUCUGUCCGUUUCCUUCUCUCCUCUCUGUCUCUCUGAAUUGCAGAAUUGUACCCUUCAAUUCGAAGAAAUCCUGCUUCCACAUGUUCAUUGAUUCGCGA